AUGCAUUCUUUUUCUUUUCCUGGCUAUUUGUUUGGACAAAACAGAGCAAAGAUGACUGUCAAUCUAAACUGUAUUGCCGAUAUAUGUCUCAUUCCUAUUGGAACAGCCACUCCUUCUGUAUCUGACUAUGUUGUUGAGAUACAGAAAGUUAUCCAACACAGUGGCUUGAAAUAUAAAAUGCACAGUGCAGGUACUGCAAUUGAAGGGCCAUGGGAUGAUGUCAUGGCUUUAAUUGGCCAAAUGCAUGAGCGUGUUCAUGAAAUGGGCAUUUUUCGUGUACAAAGUGACAUCAGGGUCGGUACAAGAACUGAUAAGGUGCAAAGUGCACAAGACAAGAUCGACAUUGUUGAAGUUAAGUUGAAGCGUUGA